GCCACAGUCGGGGCAAGGCUAUGUUUUCAUGUGCCAGCCUGCAGCGGCAGCACUUUUGGUGUUUUUAGGCGUGUGCACGUUGCAGCUGUAACAACAAAAUAUUAAUAAAAAUGUCUCUUAAGACGAUGGGCACAGCGUUAACCCGCACACUGUGGACGAGAGGAAACACGACUCCUCCGGUGGUGCGAUCCCCCAAAGUGAACAGACUUUCGACCACAUGCAGGGCGUAUGGAGGAAGAAAGCAGGGCCUGGAAAAAACUAGAGAACAAAGUUGCAACACGGACAGGCCCAGCGAGGACGUCCCCUCUUCCAGCGAGCUUCCUCACAGAUGUACCACCGGGGAUAAGAAGCGACCCAAGGAGCCCGUGGGUGCUCCCGGCGUUACUGGUGUAAGGAGACGGUCGUACACCUCCAGCACAGCUCCAAUGGACAAAAGGUCCUACCUGUGGGCUCGUUACAAUGACUUGAAACGGAUGGUGCACGACCUUAUUCCUCCAGGUGCGUGUAACCUUCUCAACUCCUCCACCAUCUAUGCUAACAAUGAGGUCAACUUAGCUGAAGUGGACAUCUACGGCUUUGACUAUGACUACACGCUGGCUAUGUACUCAAAUGCCCUGAACACAAUGAUCUAUAACACAGCAAGAGGCUUCCUAAUUGAACACUUUAAGUACCCUGAAGGCAUCCGCAAAUAUGAUUAUAUUCCAAACUUUGCUGCUCGGGGUCUUCACUAUGACAUCCAAAAGGGCCUUUUGAUGAAGAUAGAUGCCUUCCAUUACAUUCAGCCAGGAACGGUGUAUCGGGGACUGAGCCCAGUGCCAGACGAAGAGGUCCUUCAGCUCUAUGGAGGGACAUACCAUGUCCCCCUACAGCAGGACAGUGGCUUCUAUGGAAAGGGACCAAAGGUGAAACAGUUCAUGGACAUUUUCUCCAUCCCAGAGAUGACUCUCUUGGCUGCGGCAAACGAUUUUUUCAUCACUAACGGCAUUGAAUACGAUCCAGUUCACCUGUUCAAGGACGUCUCAGAAGCAAUUGGCAUGGUUCACCUCAAAGGCUACAUGUACAAAUGGAUCAUGGAAGACCUCAAUAAGUUCAUUCUGAGAGGAGAAGAGACCGAUGCGGUUUUGCAUCGGUUGGUCAGUCAUGGAAAGAAACUCUUUCUCAUCACCAACAGCCCCUUCAGCUUUGUAGAUAAAGGAAUGACACACAUGGUGGGGAAAAACUGGAGAGACUUCUUUGAUGUGGUCAUUGUACAGGCAGACAAACCUCACUUCUUCACCGAUUGUAUCAAACCUUUCAGGCGGUUGGAUGGUAAUGGAGACCUUCGAUGGGAAAAGAUAAAGAGUUUGGAAAAAGGACAGAUCUACAAACAGGGAAACUUGUUUGACUUUCUCAGACUGACAGGCUGGCGAGGUUCAAAGGUUCUUUACUUUGGAGACCAUCUUUAUAGUGACUUGGCUGACCUGAUGUUGCGACAUGGCUGGCGUACAGCAGCCAUAGUACCUGAGCUGGAGCAGGAAACCAAAGUGGUGUCCACAGACCGGUAUGCUCUGAACCUCACCUGGCUGCAGGCUUUAACCGGCCUGAUGGAGCGUCUACAGACACAUCAGGACCCAGAGUCAAAACUGGUUUUUCAGGAAUGGCAGAGUGAGAGAGAAGAACUCAGGGUGAUGACAAAGAACUUGUUCAACCCUCAGUUCGGCAGCAUCUUCAGAACGUGUCACAACCCCACCUACUUCUCCAGGCGCCUGUGUCGUUUCUCAGACCUCUACAUGACCUCCCUGAGCUGUCUUUUGAAUUAUGACCCGUCGUACACUUUCUACCCACGCCGCACCCCUCUGCAGCACGAGGCACCUCUGUGGAUGGACCAGCUCUGCACAGGCUGUAUGAAGACGCCUUAUCUGGAAGAGAUGUCUCACAUACGAUGAGCACUUCGCUCUCUUUAGUGACUGUUAGGAUUUUAUAUUUUAGGCCUGGCUAACACUUGAGAAUGCCUGAAGCAGGGUUAUAUAGCAGGGUUUCUUUUUAGCUAAGAAGGUGCCGCACAACCCCCUCCACAGGGCAAAGAAUUCCUGUUGCACACUGUGACCCACUUCCAUGAUGAAUUCACUAGAGGGUGCUGUAGAUUUAGCUGCUGUCCGGAGAGCAUGGUUCAAUUAUACAUGUUGCAGUACAAGAUUGACAGACACUCUGGUUGCUUCCAGAAUAAAAGGGAUGUGGAAAAUGCUGAACAACAUUAAGCUACAAUCGCACAAUUACUACAAAUAAAUAAGUAAAA